AGCGAGCUGGUGGUCGGCUGGUCCCUCCGGCCGCGAUGGGCAAGGGUCUGCCCAGGAUGGCUGCCCGCUGCGGGCUGGGACUGGGAUACGUGCUGCAGAUGGUGGGCAUCCCUGCCCUCGCCCUCCUCGGGGUGGGCAGCCCCGGAUCCGCAGCUCCAGAUGAUGACUUUUUCCACGAGCUGCCGGAGACUUUCCCUUCAGAUCCGCCGGAGCCUCUGCCUCAUUUCCUCAUUGAGCCAGAGGAGGCUUAUAUCGUGAAGAAUAAGCCAGUGAACCUCUACUGCAAGGCCAGCCCUGCCACACAAAUCUACUUCAAGUGCAACAGCGAGUGGGUUCAUCAGAAAGACCACGUAGUGGAUGAGAGAGUCGAUGAAAAUUCUGGUCUCAUCGUCAGGGAGGUGAGCAUCGAGAUUUCCCGCCAGCAAGUGGAGGAACUGUUUGGACCCGAAGACUACUGGUGCCAGUGUGUGGCCUGGAGCUCCGCGGGAACCACCAAGAGCCGCAAGGCGUACGUCCGCAUUGCCUACCUCCGGAAGACAUUUGAGCAGGAGCCCCUGGGAAAGGAAGUGUCCUUGGAACAGGAAGUCCUGCUUCAGUGCCGCCCGCCUGAGGGUAUCCCAGGAGCGGAGGUGGAGUGGCUGAAAAAUGAAGAGAUCAUCGAUCCCGUCGAAGACCGGAAUUUUUACAUCACCAUCGAUCACAACCUGAUCAUCAAGCAGGCCCGCCUCUCAGACACAGCAAACUACACGUGUGUGGCCAAAAACAUCGUCGCGAAGCGGAAAAGCACGACCGCUACCGUUAUCGUCUAUGUGAAUGGCGGCUGGUCCACCUGGACGGAAUGGUCUGUCUGCACCAGUCGCUGUGGGAGGGGCUAUCAGAAGCGGACCAGGACAUGCACCAACCCGGCCCCCCUCAACGGAGGGUCCUUCUGCGAGGGCCAGAGCGUCCAGAAGAUCGCCUGCACCACCCUGUGUCCAGUGGAUGGCCGGUGGACGGCGUGGAGCAAAUGGUCAGCCUGCGGAACCGAGUGCACGCACUGGCGCAGGAGGGAGUGCACCGCCCCUGCCCCCAAAAACGGCGGCAAGGACUGCGAUGGCAUCAUCCUGCAAUCCAAGAACUGUACCGACGGGCUGUGCAUGCAGGGUUUAAAUUCUCCUAUUUCAACUGAACAGCAAACCCAGAAUGAAUAUGGAUUCUCUUCGGCUCCCGAUUCAGACGACGUGGCCCUCUACGUGGGCAUCGUCAUCGCGGUGAUCGUGUGCCUGGCCAUCUCGGCCGUUGUGGCCCUCUUUGUGUACCGGAAGAAUCACCGGGACUUCGAGUCUGACAUCAUCGACUCAUCGGCUCUCAACGGGGGAUUUCAGCCGGUCAACAUCAAGGCCGCGCGGCAAGAUCUCCUGGCCGUGCCUCCCGACCUCACCUCCGCAGCCGCCCUGUAUCGUGGCCCCGUCUACGCCCUGCAUGACGUCUCCGACAAAAUCCCGAUGACCAACUCGCCCAUCCUGGACCCCCUGCCCAACCUGAAAAUCAAAGUGUUCAACACCUCGGGCUCCGUCACCCCUCAGGACGAGUUGGCCGACUUCACAGCCAAGCUGUCUCCUCAGAUGACCCAAUCCUUGCUGGACGAGACCCUCAACCUGAAGAACCAGAGCCUCGCCCGCCAGACGGACCCCUCCUGCACCGCCUUUGGCUCCUUUAACUCCCUCGGAGGCCAUCUUGUCAUCCCCAACUCAGGAGUGAGCUUGUUGAUCCCCGCUGGGGCGAUACCACAAGGAAGAGUCUAUGAGAUGUAUGUCACUGUCCACCGGAAGGAGAACAUGAGGCCUCCCGUGGAAGACAGCCAAACGCUUUUGACUCCGGUGGUGAGCUGCGGCCCUCCGGGCGCCCUGCUGACCCGGCCGCUCAUCCUGACCAUGCACCACUGUGCGGAGCCCAACCCCGACGACUGGAAAAUUCAGCUCAAGAAGCAGACGCCGCAGGGGCCGUGGGAGGACGUGGUGGUAGUGGGCGAGGAGAACUUCACCACGCCGUGCUACGUCCAGCUGGACGCGGAGGGCUGCCACAUCCUCACCGAGACGCUGGGCACCUACGCUCUGCUGGGACAGCCCACCACCAAGGCGGCCGCCAAGAGGCUCACGCUGGCCCUCUUCGGCCCGCUCGUCUGCUCGGCUCUCGACUACAGCAUCCGCGUCUACUGCUUGGACGACACCCGGGACGCCCUGAAGGAGGUUCUGCAGCUGGAGAGACAGACGGGGGGCCAACUGCUGGAAGACCCCAAGACCCUUCACUUCAAAGGCAGCCCCCACAACCUGCGCCUGUCUGUGCAUGACAUCCCCCACUCCUUAUGGAAGAGCAAACUGCUGGCCAAAUUCCAGGAAAUCCCAUUUUACCACGUCUGGAGCGGCUGCCAGAGGAAUCUGCAUUGUACCUUCACCUUGGAGCGGUUCAGCCUCAGCACGGUGGAGUUGGUGUGUAAACUGUGUGUGCGGCAAGUCGAGGGGGAAGGGCAGAUCUUCCAGCUCAACUGCACUGUGUCAGAGGAACCUGUGGGCAUUGACUUCCCCCUUUUGGAUUCGGCGAGUACCGUGACGACCAUCACUGGGCCCAGCACUUUCAGCAUCCCCCUGCCCAUCCGGCAGAAACUGUGCAGCAGCCUGGAUGCCCCCCAGACCCGAGGCCACGACUGGAGGAUGCUGGCCCACAAGCUGAAACUGGAUAGGUACCUGAAUUAUUUUGCGACGAAACCGAGCCCUACCGGAGUGAUCCUGGAUCUGUGGGAAGCGCAGAACUUCCCGGACGGGAACCUGAGCACGCUGGCGGCCGUCCUGGAGGAGAUGGGGCGGCCUGAGACCGUGGCGUCCUUGGCCGCCGAAGGGCAGUACUGAGGGCGCCCGGGAUGAGGGGCC